AUGUCUGACGACUUUUACGACAAUGAAUAUGAUCCAAAGAAGAGAGUUCCCAACGCAGCAGAGUACUUCACCCGUUGGAAAGAAGCCGCGGUGGUUGCUCGCCACGAGCCCACCGCCAAGCUAGAUCUGACGUACGGUCCCUCAGCCGCGGAAACCCUCGACUAUUUUCCGGCUCGACAGGCCACAGCACCACUGCUGGUGUUCAUCCAUGGCGGCUAUUGGCGGGCAUUCGAUAAGAGCGACUUCUCAUGGGUGGCGCCAGCGUACGUCGAGGCAGGGGUAGCCGUUGCGGUUGUGAAUUACGCAUUGGCACCCGCGGUAACCCUGGCCGAAAUCGUCGGUCAGCUAAGGCGGUCGAUUGCCUGGUUGUAUUCCAAUGCCGCUGAGCUUGGCGCCGACCCGAACCGCAUAGUUUGCAGUGGACAUUCGGCCGGCGGUCACUUGACGGCCAUGCUGCUUGCAACAAACUGGUUUGAGGUCGAGGCUUCGCUUCCGCCAAGACCAUUGUGGGCGGGCGUAUCGAUUAGCGGGAUUUUCGAUCUGGAACCAUUGCUAAAGGCUGAGUUUCUUCGCUCUGAGAUCGUGCUUGACGCCAACGCUCGCCACAAUCUAUCCCCAGCUAACCUGCAGCCCACGUCGACGUCGCCGCUGUUAACCGCCGCCGGGGAACUGGAAUCGAGCGAGUUCCAUCGGCAGAACCAAUUGCUGUUGGAUCGUUGGGGAACAACUGCGGUUAGCGGGCCGUUGAUUGUCAAAGGAGCCAACCAUUUUUCGGUGUGCGAUGAUUUUGCCGACAACAACGGUAAACUGUUUCAGGCCACUCGGGCUAUCUGUCUGCGGCCUGGCACUGCCACCAAUUGA